AAACAUUCGGUUCUCGCCUGCAUCACAGAAGAAAUGUAACCCAGACAUGGAACUGUUCAAGUCGACGAUACUCACAUUCACGCGGGAAUCGUUGCAAUUAUACUGUUCCAGCCCACUAGCGUUGACUGGACCUUCGAAGAGGAUUCGUCCACGAGGAGAGAAAUCAAGCAGCGGCACUGCGGUCCUUGCCGUGGGUGAUUAUCAGUGUUGACAUUGACUGUCAUCAGCGAUACAGCAUCAUGCCUGUUCACAUACAAUGUCGGCAACAGAACGAGGUAGUUCCUCACAGUCUCGACCAGGAUACGAUUCUCAGCCCUUCACGGGCCUCAUCUGUGGACUGAGACCCGACGCGAUGUCUGAGGAUCGACCAAGCUCUGGAAAUUCUUUGCCCACCGUCACAAUAAAAGCUGUUCGAGUCGAGGAUAUACCAGUACAUAGAGCUGCAGAACUGUUAUUGACGAUCAAGUACGGUGGAAUCAAGCAUAAGAUAACGAGCUGGAAUACAUCUCGAGGUCUCUGGGAUGCCGCUAUUCAGAUACGAGAACCAGAAGCAAAAUCGGACUUCAUUCACGUUGAACUCCGUCAACGAAAGUCACAGAAUCUGUUUCGAAGUAACAUCGUUGGAAGUGGGGAAUUCGAAAUUGAUCACCUAUGGAAGUCGGCACGGGAAGGAACGCAUGAGUUCAGAACGACAAUUACGGCUAGCGACCAUCAUUUGAACUUGAAAAUCAGAAUGAUGUUCGAGGUCACUCUCAGUUGCGGAUCCGGAGACUGUUCAAAUUCGCACGACAACGCACAACCAAUACGACAAUUGACCGACUUGAAUGACACUCCCUCUGGUAUACGAAGUCCUCCAGAACCACGUCUAUCCCCGGCACGUUCAAUCCUUCCAGACACGGCCGCCGAAACUACAGUGAUUGUCCCUAGCUUACCUCCGAAGGCUCCCUCAGAAACCCUAGGAGUGACCUUGUCUAACAUACGGCCAAUCACGGACAUGCUGGAACGUUUGGCACAGGUGCACCCCAUCGCCGAGGUAACUUGGUUUGUUGUUUCAAGCGCGUACCGUGCAAUCACAGCACAGUAUGAUAGAGAUACGGAAAUCGUUCAGCUGUAUGACGCAAUGUGCAAAUUGUAUGAAGCCGCGACGAAGGAGGAUGUGUUGAACCGGCACGCUGAAUUUUCCGCGUUAUUCGAUGCAAUGAUCAAUCAAUCGAUCGAGUGCUGUCUGUUCAUAACGAAUUACAGUUCUGGAGGUUAUCUCAGACGUCUGAUUGGCAACAUCAGUGCCUCGGAGAAGAUCCAAAAGUUGAACACGGCGUUGAGCGAGCUGGAGGCGCGGUUCAAAGACGUACAACUUCGAGCUGUUACUGCCACGGUGCUGGCUUUACGUCCUCAGCUGGAGGUUCUAGGAUGGAACACACACCUGCAAGCACUUCGUAUCCAACAACUGAGGCCACGAGAGCCUUGUCUUUUAGGAACUCGUCGUGAAACAUUGCUCAAGAUUAUGGACUGGAUUGCCAGAGGCGAGGAAUCUGUCAUGUGGCUUUCUGGCGUCGCUGGUUGUGGGAAGAGCUCAGUCAUGGCAUCCCUCAACAACCAUCUGAUCAGCAUGGGAUGUACUAGUCGAUUGGCCGCAUUCAUCCGCUUCGACCGUUUCGACCUCAGUGACCCCUCGGGUUUCGUGAGGACACUCGCAUAUCAACUGGGGUUAUUCGAUCAACGGCUUGGAGAGCUGAUUGCAAAAGCUGUCGAAACUCGACCCCAAAUCGUUGGUCAUACGCAACUCUUGGACCAGCUACAUGUACUCGUCCUGGAGCCACUACAGACAUGUAUAUCUAUGCAGGAUGAGGGUCCCAUUGUUAUUCUCAUCGAUGGCUUCGAUGAAUGCAUGCAGGAAUCUGGUGGCAGCGAUAGCUUCCGUCAAUUACUCGCGCUUUUCUCUGACCCUCAAACCUUCGAGUCUUUCCCCUUUGUACGUUUCGUUAUCGCAAGCCGUCCUGAGGACCGUAUUCGGCAAGCAUUUCGCCAUCGGAAACACAUUCAACACUUUCCCCUUGACAUCUCAUCUAAAGAAACCAAAGCCGAUAUUACUCACUACUUCAAUGUGAAAUUUUCCGAAACCUGUUCCCAUCACCCACCUUUUGCCAAGCUCUGCGAGGAGUUGAAUAUCGUUGAACAACUUUCUGAGCGAGCUAGUGGGUUAUUCAUAUGGGCAGCGACGAUCUUCAGAUUUCUGGAUGGAUAUCCGACAAAGCAGCGUGUCAAUACCGUGCUCUCAAUUUCCCCACCUGCGGAUGCACUUAUCGCGCUCACUGACCUCUACCAAAAAAUCCUCGACAGUAUUGCUAAAGAGGGAGGCGGAAUCCAAAACCUCAUCGUCGCAGUCUUCGGUUUUAUCAUAGCUGCCGGCAACAUUUACAUGUCCAACCGUGCUUGCAUAGAGGGAGGACCCGCCCUUACACCCUCCAUUCUUUGCCACUGUAUAAGGCACUCAGGCUACGACAUGGAUGACAGCGACAUUUUGCUGAUACUUUCGAAGCUUGGUAGUGUCUUACGAGGUGAUUUGGAAACCGAUAAACCGUUGUAUCUUCUCCACAAGUCUUUUGAUGACUUUCUGAGCGACUCGGAACGCUCUGGAGAGUGGUUCGUCGACGUAGAAAAGCAUUGGUCCCGACAACUGGGGUUUUCCUGUCUGUCUAUCGUCCACUCCCACAUCCUUACCGACACUCCUUCAUAUUCGGAGGUGUUUCAUUAUGCCAGUUUGAACUGGGCCCCGUUGAGUGCAACAACUGGUUGGUCAGGCAUCGAAGAAAUACCUUCAUUCCAGGAUCUCUUUCGUGAGAUGAUGGAAAGGCAUUUGCUACGUUGGAUAUAUGUCCUUCACCUAAUCAAAGACGAUUGGUUCAGGAGCCAAACGCACGAUAUUCAUUCAAUCACCUUUAGGUCGCUUCGGCGGUUGUUUGAUACGGACGAUAAACAAGAAAUAGCGAUAUUAACAAGACAAACUGUUUCGUUCCAGGAUCGUUUUACGGACCUUCGUGUCAAACUGAUUACACUCAACCGUGCACUCAAAGCAUUCUUUCUCUUCUUGUGUAAAGCUGGACCAUCGACUCCGAUUUACAAAUACUAUGCACGGCAGUUUGUGCAGAUCGCAAAAGGGUCAGCCGACUUUUCCGAGAUCCUGACAGUCAUUGCAAGUGAGAAUACGUUGCAAUCUUUCGAAGAAAGACAGGAUUCAACUGAAACGUUUAUCUCUGGCAUCCCGGACAAUGUCGACGAAUUACUGGAUAAUGCCUGGAAUAGUUUUUUUGCGAGUUGAUGUCAUUUUGUCUCAAUACAAUAGUGGAUUUGGACGAAUCAUGGUGGUGGAAUAUACGACCCCGUUAUUAAUACACAUUCCAUCGGGAUGUAUGCAAAGUUCUAGACACGAAUUAUGUACAUUUAGUAUAACUGACUUGCCUUACGUUUCCUAAUAAUUUUGGCUACAGAGGAAGAAGUACUAUCUAGUAGUUAGCGAACAUUGACACACCACGCAACCAC